GGGAGGAGGCCGCCGAGGACGGUCACGCGGUGAAGGUGGUGGUCGUGGUGGUGGAGGUGGUGGAGGUGGUGGAGGCGGAGGAGGUUGACGAGGUGGAUGCCGAGGAGGUAGCGUGGUGGUUCGUGUCGAGGAGGUGGUGGGCAAUCGGGAGAGGCAUUGAGUGGUGGUGGUGAAGGUGGUGGUUGACGAAGUGGAUGCUAAAUCUACGUGGAGGAGGUAGUAGUGGUGGUUCGUGUCGAAGAGGCAGUGGGUUGAGGUGGUUGGCUGAGUGGUGAGGAAUAGAGUGGUGGUGGUGGUGAAGGUGGAGGUAGAUGAGGUGGAUGUCGAGGAGGUAGUAGUGGUUCGUGUCGAAGAGACGGUUGGUUAUCGGGUGAGGAAUAGUGUGAGGCGCUUGUCUGUGGCGGGGAAUAGAGGGUGGUGGUGGUGGUGGUGAGGAGGAGGAGACGAGGUGAGGAUUGAAGAGGUGUGGAGGUGGUUGUGUGGGAAAUAGGGUGACGUGGUGGUGGUGGGGGGUAGUAGUAAGGUGAGGAGGAGGAGGUGGUGGCGAUUGGUGUUCAAAUACGUGGUGUGGCAGGGGUCGUGAGGCGUCGUCGGGGUGAGCUUCGGAAGAGAAGUGGUGGUGAGGAGGAGGAGGAGAGGUAGGAGGAGGGCGAAGGGUGAUUGGUGGUGGAGGACGUCGUUGUUGUUGAUGAGGAGGUGAAGAGGUGAACACGGGAACAGCGAGGACCCCUCCGUUGGGCCGAGAGCUCCCGGUGGUGGUGGUUGGUGGUGGUUGUUGGGGUUUCUUUGGCCUCCUCUUCCUCCUCCUCUUCCGCCUCCUCUUCCUCCUCCUCUUCCUCCUCCUCUUCCUCCUCAACAACAACAUCGUCUCUCACGUCGUCGUCUUCCUCAUCUUCAUCGUCGUCGUCUUCCUCAAUCGGCAUCGCGGCUCGGGGUCUCCCCAGCGGAUGGUCGACAUCGCUUGCAUCCCCACCCACCUAGAAAUCUGCUUCGCCACCAUCACCAUCAUCAUCUUUACCAUCGUCGUGGCCACACGCUUCGCCCUGGCGGCUUCGGCUAAGACCACGGCAGCAGCAGCAGCAACGACGACGACGACAUCCUCAUCAUCAUCAUCCACGGCCAUGAACUGCGUGCCGUGGACGAGCGCAGCGAAGAAGAUGAAGGUGGAAGCCGACGCGUUGCAGCAGCAGCAGCUGCAGCAGCAGCAGCAGCAGCAGGCGGCGGCCCCCAUCGGUCUCUACCACGAGCGUCAGCGGCGUGAGCUGUGCGCGUUGCACGCCCUCAACAACGUCUUCCAGGACGGGGGCGCCUUCACCAAGGAGCAACUCGACGAGAUCUGCCAGAGGCUGUCUCCAGACUCGAUGCUGAACCCACACAAGAGCAUGCUGGGAACGGGAAACUACGACGUGAACGUCAUCAUGGCCGCCCUGCAGACCAAGGCGUGCGAAGCCGUGUGGUGGGAUAAGCGCAGGGACGUGGACAGCAUCGCGUUUGGGAACGUCGUGGGCCUCAUUCUCAACAUCCCGUCGAGCAUGCGCUGGGGACCCCUGCAGCUGCCGCUCAAGCGCAAGCACUGGAUUGGCGUGCGCCAGGUCGCUGGCGUCUACUACAACCUCGACUCCAAGCUCAAGGCGCCGCAACGCAUCGGCUGCGAGGACGAGCUGCGGCGCUUCCUGAAGGAGCAGUUCAGCGGGAAGCACUGCGAGCUGCUACUCGUCGUCAGCAUCGAGGUGGAGGCCGAGCAGAGCUGGCGCCGGGACGAGUGACCGGACAACACCAUUACUCGUCCUCAUCCCCCCCCCCCCCCCCCCCCCCACUAACGCUCCCAUGGGAACGUCGAUUGGGACAGCAGCAGCAGCAUCGGCGGCCGACGACGGCGACAAAAGCAUAGUAGCAACCAAACGGAUAAACAAACUGACAGCGCAAAUAUCCAUUCGCGAACAUCUACGACGGAGUUGGACCACGAGCGGAAAGGCCGGUGUGGGUGAGAUUGCGGCGGGGCUGACGUUGAGCUGACGUGGAUCCGACGUGGAGCUGACGUGGAUCCGACGUGGAGCUGACGUUGCGCUGACGUGGAUCUGACGUGGAGCUGACGUGGAUCCGACGUGGAGCCGACGUGGAGCCAACGUGGAGCCGACGUGGAUGUGACGUGGAGCCGACGUGGAGCUGACGUGGAUCUGACGUGGAUCCGACGUGGAGCCGACGUGGAGCUGACGUGGAUCUGACGUGGAUCCGACGUGGAUCCGACGUGGAGCUGACGUGGAUCCGACGUGGAGCUGACGUGGAGCGACUUGCUGUGCCCACACGGAGGCGCGCGGUCACGGGAGGGACGCCGCGCCAGCGUGACGGCGCUCUGUCACGCCACGUGGCGUCAUAUACCACACCCACGUGCGCACCACGCGUACUUUCCACGAUGCGAACCACACGCCAUCGACCACAAAUCGCAUGCACACCACGAGCUCGCGACACCACAUGCACCAUGUACACCUUGCGCAGAAAACACGCACAGAAUACAAUACGUCACACACCAUGUACACCACAUGCACUAUGCACUACACAUACCACACUGCACACCACAACAUUCUCACCGUGCACUCACACCCCCACUGUUUGGCAUGUGCACCGAACACCCCAAUCCACAGCAUUCUCAGCAGACACCUGCUCACACUAUACCCCCAUGCAGAUUACACACUGCCACGUACGCCGCGCAUCGCCAUGCAUUAUGUACGCCGGGGUGCGCAUCCGCCAUGCAUAAUGCACACGCCAGCCACGCCACUCAGCGUGUACCUGUCAUACACCACCGACUGUACGCACCGCCAACACAAACCGCUUCACCACUCAAAACCGCACACAGCUACCAAGGCCCUCCCUAUGAUGGUUAAGCAGGUUGUGUUACCCUGAUCCUCAUUUAUUGAUGAUGGGGGGGGGGGAGGAGCCGGUGGGGGUUGUUUCCUCUCGUCCAGAUCUUUUGAGGACUUUUGUAAAAUAAUAUUAAUAUUAAGAAACCGCAAGCGAGUGGGAAACGUAAACAAAGCACACAAGCAGCCGCACUCGGAAGAGGAAGGGCAAGGCGUGGUGUUUUUAAUCAGAGCAGCGACCCCGUGAUACGCACGGACGUCAGCUUCAGGGGACAGAGAAUGUAACUCCGAUUAAAUAAACGGGGACUUUGUCGUUAUUCACACACAGCAAAGAGGGGGUGUGUGUGGGGGUGGGUGCAACCCGCUAUAUCGCCAUCAUCAAACUGUAAUAACUACAUCGGUUUUGAUAUAUAUAAAUACUGUAUAUGAAAAUAAGCAAAAAAAAAUAUCUAAAACGGAAAAAAAACAACCGCGAACAGAUGAACGCGUCUUUUGUAGCAGAUUUUGGUUGUGUUUUUUCUUUGUGUGUUUGUGCGCGUGUGUGCCGGAAGCGUCGUGGCAGUUAUCGUGAGCGCUACGUGCCAGCGUCCCGGUUUUAUUGGACCUGAUGCACACAGAACACCGGUUUGCCAAAUUGGCAUCUGAUCUCCCUCUCGGUUGACUUCAAUCUUACCACAUUUGGUGUUGUGCCAGCGUGUUUGUCAGCGCCGGGUUCGAGACAAAGACAACUUCGUGUGAUCGCGAACUUACUUGACUGCCUCAACACUGUACAAUGUUUAAAAGUGGGGCGCGUGAAGAGUUCACGGUUCUGGCGUUCACAAAAGCAAAUGUUUUUCGCGGGCAAAAACAAAGUGAAAUAUUGAGGAACGUAGGUUAUUGAGCCACAGACUAAAAGCUGGGGUUGGUGGAUUAUGUAAAGGAUGAGACAUCAAAACCCGUGUGCUCCGGUUUCCUCGUAACAAAAGGUUUUACCGUAAAGCGGGACGUUCCUGGAAAAGUGUCUUUAGACUCGGUGAGCAUUUUGUGGGUAAAGGUUUCCUGUUACAUAAAGGGGGGGGGGGGGAUCUCUCAUAACUUGCCAGACUUCCUUUGCAGACGCGUGCAUUUUUCGAUUUGGUGCAAUUUUCAGUGUUGUUAAUUCGUUUCAUUAUUGUAUUGUAGUUUCAUUUUUUUACGUCUUCGUUUCUCGUUUGUGUGUUUUUUUUGGACAAAAUAAUAACUUGUAUAUGGCAUGGGGGGAUAUACGUGUACCGAACUGUGCAGUGCUUACAAUCUCAAUGUUGCCUUUGUUCCUGAGAACUUAAAUACUUGGGACCCCAAUGUGUGUGCUGGUGGAAAGCCAAUUGUCCACCAAUAUGCGAUGGACGCAAAUGGGCAAAUCACAAUGUGCUGCCAAUUUGGCCCUUUCCCACAAAUAUUCGACGGGGAAAGUAAUUUCCACCAAUUCACGGAUUGUGACCUCCCUGUUCCGUAUUCCUCUGUUAAUGUUUUGUCGUUGGUGAAAUCAAAAGUGGAACCCAAAAAAUAUGUACCUAUAUUUUUUUUGUAUUCACCACAGAAUGUACAGAAAACGAACCGAAUGCUUUAGUGGUGGCAAACGCUCACUCCUUUGUCUUGAGAGUAAAAUAAAAUUGAGUGUAAAAUGA